AUGCUUGAUUUUGUUGAGCUAAAAGGGGAGACAGCCAAGCAACUUGCAGCUGAGAUCUUAGCUGUCAUAGAAUAUUUCACUCUUCAAGAUAAAGUGGUGGCGUUCUCUGCAGACAACACAAACACCAACUUCGGGGGCCUGAAUAGGAAAGGGAGGGUCAAUGUGCACACCAAAGCCAAAGAUUGUCUGCAGAGGGAGGUGAUUGGCUUGGGUUGUCCUGCUCACAUCAUCCAUAACACAACCAGAACAGCAUUGGGCAUCAUCCCAAUUGAUGUUGAGUACAUUCUAACAAAAAUAUUUGGAUAUUUUCAUAUUUUUACUGUGAGAGUAGAAAGGCUGAAGAGCUUUUGUGAGUUUUUUGGUCAGGAGUACCACAACAUAUUAGGACACAGCAAUGUACGCUGGCUGUCCAUGCUUCCUGCACUAGAGAGAGUGCUUAAAAUGUAUGCACUACUCAAAUCAUUCUUUCUCUCUGAAGACAAGUGCCCUGUUGUAUUGCGAAGGCUAUUUAAGGAUCCUAACAAAGAGCUGUGGCUCAGCUUUGCCCUUGGAAACCUAAGCAUAUUCAAGGACGCCAUUAAAAAACUUGAAGGCCAGGACAGGUGUGCUGUGGAGUUAGCUGCAAUUCUGAAAGACCUCGAAGCUAAACUGACAGCACGACAUCAUGACGACUUUAUCCCAGUCCUGGCCAGAGGACUGCUGAGGGAGCUGGAAGAAAACUGCUACUAG